UGUAAAUUGAAGUAAUUAAAGGGAACAAAAAUCUAAUCCAGUUUUCUGCUUUCAGUACAGUAAAUGAAAUUUCAUAAUGAUUCAUCAAUUACCAGCAUCGAUCUCUCGUCAUCCACCAUGAUGAUCAGCUAGCAAUUGUUUCUAUCCAAUCGUUUUCAGCUUGUAGUUGUGGAUCUCUCAUUCUGCCAGUUCAGUUUCAGAUCUCUCUCUCUCUCUCUGAUCUCUCACUCUCUAUCUCUCUCUCUAUCUCUCUUUCUCACUCAUGUAGUUAGCUUUAACUUGAUUUAUUCCACUAGAUAGCCUCUAACCUUCCUGGUAUAUAUAUAUAUAUAUAUUUAUCUAUCUAUAUAUAUUUAUAUGUAUGUCUAUGUGUUUGAUUUAUUUUUUUGAAAUCCCAAUCCACUCUCUUUGAUGAAGAUCACAAGCUCCCAUCCAUCAACAUCUCCCCCUCCAUUUCUCACCCCACUGCAUGAAACCAUUGAAUAGUAUCUUUGCCUCUGUGAAAGGAAAUUGAACAACGACCCCCAAAACACCCAUAUCUAAUUUGCUGCGCACAUCUCUCUCUAACAAUGAUGUCGCCGGAUAAUAUUCCGGCAAAGCAGGUCACGAAAGAUGACGGCCAAGGCGCAGGCAACAGCAAAACUGCGUCCUCAAGAACAGCAGAGCAGAGCCUAAAAUGCCCACGAUGCGACUCGCCUAACACCAAAUUCUGCUACUACAAUAACUACAGCCUCACGCAGCCAAGGCAUUUCUGCAAGACUUGUAGACGGUACUGGACAAAAGGUGGGGCUUUGCGCAACGUUCCCAUCGGUGGGGGUUGCCGGAAAAACAAGAAGGUGCAGUCAUCUUUGAGGUUCUCCGGGGACUCCAAAGAUUCACUUUCAUCUUCAGAGAUCAGUGGGACGUUGAAUUUCCUCCAUGGUCUAUCCCCAGCUAUGGAUUUUCAACUUGGUGGCUUCUCAUUCCCCAGGCUUCAUCCUCCAACGACAGGUAACUACAACCAGUUUUCUUCGUUUGGAGACGUUUCGGGUACUUAUGCUGCGGCUUCUGGAAGUAUGACUAGUCCUUACUUUACCCUUGAUCCAUCUGGAAACUACAAUUCUCCGAUGAGAUUUAAUUAUCCGCUUUCUUCGACAAGUGGUGGGGGUCCUUUUGCAGUUCAGAACACAAGCUCCAUGAACAUCCACAGCAGACUCGCAUCUUCUAUCCAAUCUCAGAGUACCAUCAACCAGGACUUGCACUGGAAGCUUCAGCAGCGGAGGCUGGCCACGCUAUUUGGUGGAGAAACUCAAAAGGACAACAGCGUUUCUUCGGUUCCUCUUGAAAGCCAUACGCAGAAACCGCAACCCAUUGUAUUUCAGAAUCUGGAGAUUUCCAAAUCAGAGGAUUGCAGCGUUGGUAAUUCAAUAAAAGAAUGUACAAGUUCAGGCCAUCAGAUAGCAACCGAGUGGUAUUUUGGGAACUCUUAUGGCCCACUGACCGCUACUCCGACCAACAGUGCAGGCAACGCCGGCCAAGGUAACGCAAAUAGCUGGAAUGGGACUCAAGCGUGGGGUGACUGGCAACAAUAUACUGCUUUGCCCUAGCUAGCGCUAGAUGAAUAGCACAAAGAGAUAGACCUUAAAGCUUUCUGAAAGUAGCUAGGGAAAACGUCACAGAUGAUGUAAAACUCAUUAGGUAUAUCUUUGUUUAUUGUUCUUUUCUGAUUGCGAAUCAACGUUGUAAACUUUGUCAAAAAGAGAGGCCAGGUGUUCGCUUCUGAAAUUCAAGUUUAUAUUUCAAUUUUGUAUGUUAGGAUAUUGAUCAGUAGUCUCAUGGGUUCAUUGUUUGCUAA